CUCGAACCAUGGAUGCACCCUCAGACAAUAUAACAGCGACCCGGCGCGCCCUUUCCCUACCGGAGAUAGUAUCGGAGAUCAUCGCCUGGAUCCACGCGGACACGGACAACGACUGGCCAGCUUCAGCACCUCCACAACCAAAUCUACAAGACUUUAAGAAUCCGAGUGACAGCGACCAUGACAACCUCUACGCAAGCGACUCCGAAUCCUCCGAAUCUCACACAUACUACUACAGCAGAACGGGCGUCCUAUUCCGCUGCGCCCUCGUCAACCGACUCUGGUUCCACGCAACGAUUCCAGCUCUAUGGGAAGAGGAUCUCGAUUGGUCGUUCCGCAGCCAGAUACCGGACCACCUCACCCAAGUAGAAGAUCCCUCGCGCCGACAGAUGUACGCCAACUAUAUCAAGCGCGCCAAUCUUACCACCGUCCCCGAGGCCUGCUCCCUCAAGUAUGCCGCCGCCCUCGGGGGUCUCCAAUUUCCUCGACUCGAAUACGUGAAGUUGAUCUGUCCCGGCGCCGACUGGCAGGAAUCUUCCAACGUGCCUCCGCUGCUGAGCUCUCGGGUCAAGGUGCUGGACAUAGACCCCAGGUUCGAAUGGAAUCCGAUCACGUACUGCGUCAAGCAUGCGGAAUGGGAUGAAUUGUUCGAACAGAUACCGAAGGUGUUUCCGAAUCUUGAGACCGUGACCUUUAUGGACUGUGCUCGGGUAUUCCCCGGAGCAUUGGAGCGGUUCGCGAAAGGGCUUCCUCGCCUGAAGUCUUUUGAUCACCAUUGUGUCGUUGAGAAUAAUGAUAUUUACAGCCUUGGUUAGGUUUGAUGCCGGCAGCAUUCAGUCUAUAAGGUCUGGGUCAAGCAAGUAAGGAGAG